AUGCGCCAACCUUCGACCUUCCAGUGCGGCCACUGUUGCAAUUGUCGCAUCUUUUCCUGGAGUCACUUGGAGGCUACGUUCUGGCUUAUUGGCCAUGCCGUUAGCAUUGGGACUUUCUACUAUUGGUGCUUGGUCCCGUUUUUCGAGGUGAAGCAGCAGUACGUGUACGGCCAGUCGUUGGUGUAUCCAGGAACCGAGGCGGAUCUGGUCAGUGCGCGCGUAGCGGAGUAUUUUUUCUCUCUGCUCUAUCAGCUUCAUCUUCUUCUUCGGGGGAUUUACUCGCUUCUUCGCGUUCCAUUCAAGUUCUUCUCUACCAUUCUUCCUGGGAGUCUCUUUGUGUAUCCACCAGAGGCACCCCUAGACUUCGGACCGGCGUUUAACCCAAGUGUACGUACAGUUGAGUCUGGCCGCGCUCCGUACCUCAUUGACAAUAGCGAUGGUCAGUAUCGGGAGUUGCGCAACGCGUUUCCCUCUCUCGUGGCUCUCAUACGUUACUUGAGGAUUUCCAGGGGAGAGCACCCUGGCCGGUGGGUCAAGGUGUGCAGUGGGAAAAGCCAGGCUUCCACUGCUGCCACCUCUGCUUCUGCAGAUCGCCUCGGCAUCGACUUUGUUUGUUCCCGUGGAAGUUCGUCUUUUUCUUGUGCCACCGACUUAGCAGACCUUCUGCAUCCAAAGUCCUCUUCUGUCGCGAGGAACGCUUGGAUCGCGACGCAGCACAUCCACGCUGUCUUUGAAUUUUUUCUUAGCCUUGCCUUGGCUGCGUAUCUCCACUCGGUCCACGCUCUCGUUUUGCUCUUUUACGCCCUUCUGAACUACUCCUUCACUUUGCUUCUUCCGGAGCCACGCGCUGCCUCGCGAAGCGGUCUCUCUCGUGCCUCCUCUGGCGAUAGCUCAGCCGCCAGUGCGUAUUUGUCUUCUCGUGAGCCACGCCAUGAGACAUCAGGUUCUCCCGCAACUCGCUUCAGACGAUUGGACUCGAUUCGGUGCCCCUUGGUCAUCUUGCUGACAGUUGGCCUCCAUCUUGGCAUGUUGGUUCUUCACGGCCUCACGCCCCAUUUCUCUCUCGUGUAUAUCCACCCCUCUCUCCUGCCGUUCGAGACGUUUUGCUUUACGUUCCUGCGGCCCCGCUACUCGCUCCACGACUGCGUCCGGAUGAUUGCUUUGAAAAUGCUCGCCUUCAAUCUCGAUAAAGUCUGGGCGUAUCAGCUGCGGCAAAAGAGGGGCGAGACGCCCUCGGAGACACCCACACCUCACAAAGCUGAUCCACCUUCAAAGAGGCGGUUCGCGAAGAACGCUCAGGAGCAGUGCAUGCCCAACAACGCGUCGCCUUCCUCGUGCGCCGCGGGAGAUUCGCAAGCGUGUCGGAGUGAAGGACCCUCGAGGGACGUUCGGGCGCACGCUUCGCGGGUUGGAAACGAGCGCUUUUUUGCCGAACCCAGAUUGUGCCCGAAUCCCUUCGAGGACGAACGCUUCUUCCCCAGCGAUAGCCUCAGCCUGCCCUACAGUACGUACACCUCGGUUCUGCGGUAUCUCGCCUACGCGUUUUAUGCGCCGACGUACCUUGCGGGACCGCACUUUGCUUACAAUUCUUGGAACCGUCAGACAGCCUUCCCUUGGUGGGUCCUUCUCGGACACAACGAAUAUGUUGUUCCGUCGUCGGAGUCGCGUGAGAGGGAGGUUGAGGCCACGUCGGUCCCCUUGAAGAGUCAAAGAGCCAAAGGGACAGAGGAGGCGGACUGCUCGGUAGGAGACAGCCCACGGAGCGUAGAGCAAGACGGCUGGAACUCCGGCGGGCACCUGCGAAUCCCGCCCAAGGGUGCCGCGCUCCUAAAGGCGUGUGCAUCGCGCGCGCUAGGCGUUCCUCUCUCUGCCUCUUGUCGAUCUCCGUUUCUUGCUUCACCGCGAGGACUUACCGGCGAAAGCAAAGAAGGAAGCAGUGGCGACGAGACAGAUCUGGAGCUGCGGUACCGCUCUCGAACUCAUCGCGAGAAAGGCUUUUCCGGGCUACGCGCUUCGGCGCGCACUACCUCACGGGAUGGGGCGAGAGAGGAGAAACCCACAGAGGAAGAAUUGACGUGUUGGAGACCGGAAAGUGCGGGUGAACGACGCGGGUCGCCUCGGGCGGGGGCCGGGGCGUUACAGGAGACUGUAGAAGACCUCAAACCUUUUGGGGUCGACGCUUCACCGUACUUGUUGGACAUGCCUUGGACGGUCUACUUGGAACUUUUUAUGAAGCAUGUGAUCCCGUAUUUUCUUGGCUGGCUCCUUGUCCUCCUUGUGCUCGAAGUUCAUAUGCGAUACCUUCCGGUCAACGCCCUUGUGACGCAACUCAGUAAUGUUCCACUUUGGAAGACAAUGCAGAUUUGGCAGCUUUUCACGAUGAGCGCAACUGUCCUCUGCUUCAUGUGGCUGAAGUUCGUGUGCCUCUGGCGCUUCUUUCGUCUAUGGAGCAUGGUGGCUGGAGCCGUGCCUCCCGAAAACAUGGUCCGGUUUCUCUACAACAACUACAGGUACGCCGCGCGCUCCGAUCCCGGUCUUCCUUGCAAGAUCUCAACUCGUCGACGGCCUAAGUCGGACACGAACAGCAGUGCAUACGGGAACCAGCCGAGUAUUACGGUACUUUAUGAAGCCCUCAGGUUUCUCUGCCGUGUCCGCGAUUAUCGAUCUGCAUGUGCCUGUAACAUAUAUAUAUAUAUAUAUAUAUGUAUAUAUAUGUAUAUAAGUAUACGUAUAGGUCUGCAUUUGUAUGAUCACGUAACUACGUGCAUGCCGGUUGGCGCGCACAGACGCGUGUGGGUGUGUGGAUGUAGAUUAGCUGAGCGUAUCCGCUUUCAUGUGGAACAGGCGUUUCCGUAG